AUGGCCAUCCCGCAGGCCCGGGUCACGGUGCCGGUGGGUCCCAGCCCGCCGGCGGCCGCCGACGGCGGCGCGGCGCCCGCCAGCGCCGAGGGGUGGAAAGAUGCCGGGAACGAGCACUUCAAGCGCGGGCGCUACCGCCAGGCCGUGGAGGCCUACACCGCCAGCCUGGCGCUGCAGCCCACCUGCCUGGCAGCCGCCAACCGCGCCAUGGCGCGCCUCAAGCUGGGGCAGCACGAGGAGGCAGAGGCGGACUGCGGGGAGGCGCUCAGGCUGGACCCCCUGUAUGUGAAGGCCUAUCAGCGCAGGGCCACCGCGCGGCGCCAGCUGGGCGACCUGCUGGGUGCUGUGCAGGACCACGAAUCGGUACUGCGCCUGGAGCCCAGCAAC